UUUCAGGGUCAUGGGGGAGAGUCUGUAGAACCUUUUUCCGCUGGCGCCCUGGGUCUUUGGCUUUUUGAGUAAGUGCAGUUUGGUGUUUAUGAGGCCGUGCCUCCGGGUCCCUGUAUCUCAUCCGUUGGCGUGGCCCUGAUGGUGCGGCAGGCUCCGGACUCCUAAAGCGCUGGAACGAAUUUAAGAAGAUUUUGUCCAUGUGUAUGGCAUAGAAGAUGAAUUCUUCUUCCUCCACCAUGAAUGAAGAACCCGAUGCUCUAUCGGUAGUUAACCAGCUGCGGGAUCUAGCUGCGGAUCCAUUAAAUAGAAGAGCCAUUGUCCAGGACCAGGGAUGUCUGCCUGGCCUUAUUUUAUUUAUGGACCAUCCCAACCCCCCUGUUGUCCACUCAGCUUUGCUGGCGCUCCGGUACUUGGCAGAAUGCCGUGCUAACAGAGAAAAGAUGCAGGGAGAACUUGGUAUGAUGUUAAGCUUGCAAAACGUUAUACAGAAGACUACAACUCCAGGAGAAACGAAACUGUUGGCCUCUGAAAUCUAUGACAUUCUUCAGUCUUCCAAUAUGGCAGAUAGUGAUAGUUUCAAUGAAAUGAACUCACGUCGAAGGAAAGCUCAGUUUUUUCUGGGGACUACAAACAAACGUGCCAAAACAGUGGUUUUGCAUAUAGAUGGUCUUGAUGAUACGUCUCGGAGAAAUCUAUGUGAAGAGGCUUUGUUAAAAAUUAAAGGCGUUAUUAGCUUUACUUUUCAAAUGGCUGUUCAAAGAUGCGUGGUACGAAUCCGUUCAGAUUUGAAAGCAGAGGCUUUGGCAUCAGCAAUAGCAUCAACCAAGGUUAUGAAGGCUCAGCAAGUUGUGAAAAGUGAAAGUGGAGAAGAGAUGCUGGUCCCGUUCCAGGAUAUGGCUGUGGAAGUGGAACAGAACACAGAGCUGCCCGACUAUCUGCCUGAGGAUGAGAGCCCCACGAAGGAGCAGGACAAAGCAGUGUCCCGGGUCGGCUCCCACCCAGAGGGCGGGGCUAGCUGGCUGAGCACAGCUGCAAACUUUUUAUCCAGAUCGUUUUACUGGUGACUUCACUUUGGGGUGCAAGGACUGUGCGAAUGAACAAGGGGCCAGUUUUCCAUUGUUGUGGUGAACUGUCAAGUGCAAUUUGCAAUAAGUUAUCAUGAAAAGUUUUUAGAUUACAUGAUUGCGUAUGCUGCAUUUUACAUUUUAUUGGACAAUUUGCCCCACUAAGUGGUAAAAAUGACAGGCUACAGGUGGAGUUGCUCUGUUUAUGAAGGUGUUUUGGUUUUGUUUUCCUUUGUUUAAUUGCCUCACUUUUAAAAAACAUGGGUCCACAAUUAAACCAAACAUAAAUAUGUGCAGCUUCACAUUUUAUUUUGUAUGAAGCACUUGAUUAGGAAAACUCAUUUUCUCCUGAAGCCUCAGGACCUAUCUGAAGAGAAGUUUUUGUUUUAGCUCAAGUGGUGCAUGAAUUACUGAAUAUUUUCUGUGCUUUUCUUCAUGAAAGAUACUUGUUUUUGGUACUCUUUACUGAGAGUUGAAAACAUUUCUAAUUAUCCCCCUUUUGUGCCUUUUUUUAAUUUUGCCAACCAUGUAUAUGGAAAGGUCAUCAUUACUGAUGACAUUUUGUGAAUUAAACUAUAUUCAUUUGAAUGUAGCAGUCCCCUAAAAAUACAAUUCUACAAAAUCUUUGCAAUCUUA